UUUUUAAACAAAAAUUAAUCCAAAGUUAUUCACACUUUCAGUUAUAAUACACUAUUUUAUAUGCACUUAGUUUAAGAUGUAUGAUUGAGGCAUGGGUACAAGUGUGGAACAAUAUCCUAGACUGUUAUUCUAUUGUUCAGGAUCUUUAAAUAAAAACAAACAAACAAACAAACAAACAAAAAACAAUCCUGUGUUUCUUCAGUGCUACAUGACGUCACUACAUAGGAGUCCCCAUGCAUUGAUGUUUUUUCUUGCAGAGAUGAUGGUGCAGGAGGUGGACAGUUCAUCGAGAACUAAUUAUUGUUUCUUAAAGUGGAAUGCAUCAAAACUGGACACUGCCAUGUCAGGAGAUAGCCAUCAGGAUUUGGGCUGCAGCUUAAUGUUCCAUCUCAUGAAGCCUCAGGAACUGGUCAUAUUCUGUUACUGCCUCACUGAAGAGGAGGAAUACAGACCCUCUGAGUCUUCAAUCUUGAUUUUCAGCUCAUUCAUGUAGGCAAGCCUGUUGUGUGUCUUUUUACAUGUGUGCAUGUGCAUAUGUAUGCUGGCUUUGUGGCUUUGUGUGCUUGCUUGGCCGUGUCAUUUCCUGCUGGUGCUUAAGUCAUGCCUCGCAGACCUGAUGUCAGAAGCAGCUGUUGCUGCCCACUGCACUUGAAUGAGGACAAUGCUCGUUUUGGCCUGUUGGCGGCGCUCAUCCUGCUGUACCUGCUCUGUGGGGCGCUGGUGUUCUCCGCGCUGGAGCGUCCAUCCGAGCUGCAGGCGCACCAGCGCUGGGAGGAACAGCUUGCUAACUUCACCCAGCAGCACAGGCUGAGUGUGGAGAGCCUACAGGAUUUGCUGAGGCACUACGAGGAGGCCUUCGUCACGGGCAUCCGUGUGGACGCUCUGAGACCUCGCUGGGACUUCUCCGGGGCGUUCUACUUUGUCGGUACCGUAGUUUCCACAAUAGGUUUCGGCAUGACCACACCUGUGACGAUAGGCGGCAAAGUGUUUUUGAUAUUCUAUGGACUCAUUGGUUGUGCGGCGACCAUCCUGUUUUUCAACCUCUUCCUGGAGCGCAUCAUCACCAUGUUGGCGUACAUCAUGCGCUGGUGUCACGAGAGGCAGCUGCGGCGUGCUGGUGUGGGAGGAGAGGUGGCUCACAGCGAGGAUGACAGCCUGGAAGGAUGGAAGCCCUCCGUCUACUACGUGAUGCUCAUCCUGGGGGUUGCGGCACUGCUGAUCGCCUGCUGCGCCUCGGCACUGUACUCGUCUAUGGAAGACUGGGAUUACUUUGACUCACUCUAUUUCUGCUUCGUGGCCUUCAGCACCAUUGGCUUCGGAGACUUAGUGAGCAGCCAGAGGGAGAGCUACAAGGCACAGGAGGCUUACCGACUUGGGAACUGUCUUUUUAUCCUCAUGGGUGUCUGCUGCAUCUACUCCCUUUUUAACGUAAUUUCCAUCAUCAUAAAGCAGACCCUAAACUGGAUCCUGGCUAAGCUGGACUUCAGCCGGUUGCAGUGUCCCUGCCGAGGACGCACCUACAGAAGGCAAGGCUCAGCAUGCUGUUGUUGCUGUAUCCCCGGCCUGCAUCGCAGCCAGCACCCCAUAACUGGAAACCCCCGGCAGAGGGCACAGAAGCGCAAUGCUGUACACCCAGCCCCUGCCAAUGAGGCUGCACGGAAGCAGCGCUUCACUAAUGCAUCAGUGGAAACAGUGUGCGAUAGUGAGACUGAUCCUGGCCUGGGGCCAGAUGGAGGUUAUCUCACAGGGCAUAGACUCUCAGGAGAAAUGAUCUCUGUCAACGACUUUAUGGCCAACAAGGUUUCUCUGGCCAUUCUGCAGAAGCAGCUCUCAGAGACCGCCCAUGGAAACCCAAGACAGAGUCAUGUUCGGCAGAACGGCUUUUCUGUCGGAGUGGGAGCCUUCGCCAUCAUGAAUAACCGCCUACAAGAGACGAGUGUCGACAGGUAGUUCAGACUUAGCGGAUCAUAGCGUCUAGCAUCGUCCGGUGUAUUUUCUUGAAUGAGCAGAAUAGGAAAGAGAAAGAUUUUAACAUUGGUAAAUGCUAGAGGCGGGGUUUAGUGGGGAAAUGAAAUGUAGACAAUUUUAUUCAGUCAAUAUUUAGUCUGUUCAGAAAUGUUUGAGGAAACUCAGCUACUUACUGUUCAUUAGCGGUAGGCGUUAAAAAAUUAAAUAUACACAAUUUCCCCUCACACCAGUCAUCCAAGAUAUGUUUGGUAUUUGAAUUUUAGUUCUUUAGUCUUGCACUGGAGCUAGGCUAAUGUAGCUAAUACAAAAAAAUAAAAAGAAAAGAUGUCUUUCUCGCCUAAAAAACCCUUGUGCGUAAAUACUCUCAAACCAUAUCCAGUUCUUCACUGAUGCCACACAGACUUGCUGAUGUGGUUUAGGACAGUGGGACUUCUCCGUGUAGCCGAACAAGUUUGUUGACAAACCGAAAAUGUUCCUUACCUUAGUUCGCCACCAUUCCACUUGCAUGAACCCAAAGCACAUUGAAAGUGGAAUUGUAGCGGAAACCUGGAAAUGCUAACAAUUAUAAUAACUCCACUUUGAAUAUGAAUGGGUUAAAACAGAUUACAGCUGAUCUUUUCCCGAAUAGUUUGUUUAAAAAUGACAUUACAUCAUUUAAUGAUGUGAUUUAAAGUCUUCAAAGUAAACGGGUCCAACAAGCACAGCCAAGGCAUCUGUGAUUUAAAAAAAAAAAAAAUGUAGUUACAGUGUUGGAAAUCACAACCUACCAUUAUCAAGGUUAUUAUAUUUAUUAUUGACUUCUUAUAGUUGUUAGCGCAUUGCACUGGUCGUGUGAACUUAAUGUGUGUAAUCCAAUGCAAUUCGGGCUAUUCAAGUUCAAUUUGAGCUUGAACCUAAUGUGUUUGGUUUAUGCAAAGUUUCAAAGUAAAAAGCUAUAUAGCUGCAAUAAUUAGACACGAUAUUUAAAUAAUAUUCAUGAAAUAAAUCUGUACUGAUGGUUGUAUGGAUUUAAUUUGAUAGUUAAUGGUGUCCCUGGCUACAAAAAUUGUUGAGAACCCUGACUUAGACAUUUGAAUAUUUGAAUUUUGUGGCAUGAAUUUAUCAAAAAAAAAAAAAAAAUAGGUGGACGAGAUUUGUAUUACUUGAUACCGACAUGAGCCAUGUAGCUCCUGUGCAAAGCUAAAAAUCCAAACAUGGCUAAUCGACUUCCUUUUGCGUGACAGAAACGUGAGUUCUCCUAAAACCACACUUAAUAUAGAAUAUAUACAGAUGAGUCUGCUGGUGUGAUCAAAUUAUUCCAGAUUUCGGGAUGGGUAUUAAAGUCUAGACCAUGUCUAAGUUAAGAAUCGCUGCGUUAAUUAGCUAAGUAGUUCAUUUAUAACACGUCACGGAGCACACGCAGCGUCACGUGAUCAUGAUGCUGGUUUAUGUGUGAACAAUCUUCCUCUAUUCCAAGUUUCAUAUCUGAUCCGAGUGGACAUGUUAAAGACUGAAGCGUUGCGAUUGUAUCAGCUCAUCCGAGAGUCACUUUGGACAGCUGAAGUGAUUGGUUUAUACUGUGAGCAAUCAGACUGGGCCUCUGGAGAGCUCUUUCAGCGACCCUUCAGGAUUAUAGACUGAUUUACGAGAGCUGUGCAGCAGCUGUCACGUCACGCUCAGAAAAGAAUCAUUUAAAAACACUUUACACGUUAUUUAAGUCUACGUCUGUACAUAUAUAUAGCUGUACUAUAUCUAGAGAUGGAAUGGAAAACAUGCAGAUACUGUAGAUAUUCUGUUGUACAAUGUUGUAAAUAGCUUCUCACUAGUACCACAUAUCUGCAGAAUGAACACUUUAAAACUGAAGCAGAAAAACGAUUCAUGGGCAUUUUUCCAUGUCAUUUUUCUUCCGUAGCCGGUGUGCUGCUUCCACAUCUUCCCUUUCUUGUUUGUUGUUUCACUCUGAGGAACACUGGUGGCCCCAUUGUUAAAACAGCAUCAACAGGAUGAUGUUACCAAACACAGAGUAUUCUCAUGACGUAUUCACGAGUGUAAGCUGAGGAGUUACGCGCUGGUGCCCCCUCGAGGCUAAAAGUUUGAGAGGGGUUAGUGAUCACAACACCUUUCCUCCAACCCACACUUUAUAAUAAUCGAUCAUUUAUAAGACAUAAUAUAAGUGAGCCUUUAUCUCGUAGUAAAUAACCAAGAUGCCGUAUUAGUACCAUCUUCUACAUCGUCUUCGACAGAUUCCGUUAAAAUGACACGGUUUUUAUUAAGUUCCCGGAGGUCGUCUUCAAGCGGGUGAACAUAAGGCCCUAAAUGCACAUCCAGCAUGCUGAUUGGUCGAUUAUGUUAUAAAGUGUUUGUACCACAGCGCUGUUGAAUUCUCAAAUUGCUCCGAAGAUGUUGAAUCAUUUCCUAUCAGAGCAGCGCUGACAGAUCUUUAUAUUAACGUACUCAUUCUAGUACGGUAUUAUUUCUGUAGUAACAGCUUACACAGGGCCUUGUAUAAUGCGUGUAAUUCUUGAUGUGGUGAAGUUUAUCUAACAUUUAUGGAAGGAGUCGCCAGUGCCCGAGCUUUGGUAAAGGUGUAACUUAAAGUUUUCAGACACAGGAACGUCUUCAGGUCAGAGGAGUGUAUACGUCGUGUUUCUCAGUAACAGGACAAAGAUGUGGGGUCUUAUUGAACUUUAAGAGAGAGAAAAAUGAAAUGCUGGUGAGGGGAUAAAUAUUUAUAGCUGCGAAAACAUAAGUGGCAACACAGUUUCAGAGAUGUUCAACAACAUUAUAUGUAACUAUAAAAUGUAGAAAAAGUAUGACGUGUCAUUCUUAAAUAAAUAUCUACAAAUUAGCCUUGAAGAAUUGCUGUGGUACAAGAGGAAUAAAGCACUUCUCAAUUUGGUGUUGUCAGAAAAGUGUCAACUUUGGGGUGGUAACAGUAACUUGUGUCGCUUCGCAUCACACUUCACAUCAGCACCCUGUUGCUGAUUAUUUUCCUCCAGCAGUACACCCUGUCAUAUUGUGAGAAGGAUCAGGCGUGUUCUCAGCCAGGAAGUCUUUGAGCUGUGCAGAGUGGGUCCUCAUGACUGGAACUGAGAAA